AUGGCCGGUCCCUACUCCUCACAGUGGCAGUCAGCCAUGGACGCAGAGAUGGCUUCCUGGAAGUCCACAGGCACCUACGUGGACGCUGUUCCCCCUCCUGGGGCGAACAUUGUCAGUGGCAUGUGGAUUUUCAGGGUGAAGCGGCCGCCGGGUUCUCCGCCUGUCUUCAAGGCGCGCUACGUGGCUCGUGGCUUCAGUCAGCGACAGGGAGUUGACUUCUUUCAGACCUUCUCCCCGACCCCGAAGAUGACCACUCUUCGGGUUCUGCUGCACGUCGCUGCUCAGCGUGACUACGAGCUACACUCUCUUGACUUCAGCACUGCUUUCCUGCAGGGCCGCCUGCACGAGGAGAUCUGGCUGCGCCGCCCUCCUGGUUUCACUGGGUCGUUCCCUCCUGGUACCCAGUGGAGCCUCCGGCGGCCAGUCUACGGUCUCCGCCAGGCGCCGCGCGAGUGGCACGACACACUGAGGACUACACUUGCGGCUCUUGGGUUUGCUCCUUCUACUGCUGACCCGUCGCUGUUUCUGCGCACCGACACCUCGCUGCCGCCGUUCUACAUCCUCGUGUACGUCGACGACUUGGUCUUUGCCACUGCGGACACUGCCGCACUCGCCCACGUGAAGUCCGAGCUGCAGAAGAGACACACGUGCACAGACCUGGGUGAACUGACAAGCUAUCUUGGCUUGCGGAUCACCCAGGACAGAGCACGCCGCACCAUUACCCUGACUCAGUCACACAUGGUGCAGCAGGUCCUUCAGCGCUUCGGCUUCACGUACUCCUCGCCUCAGUCCACUCCUCUGCCUACGGGACACUCGCUCUCAGCUCUGCCUUCGGAUGAGUCCGUAGAGUCGAGUGGUCCGUAUCCAGAGCUUGUGGGCUGCCUCAUGUACCUGAUGACCUGCACUCGACCUGACCUCGCAUACCCUCUCAGCAUCUUAGCACGCUAUGUCGCUCCCGGCCGUCACCGGAAGGAGCACAUGGAUGCAGCUAAGAGGGUGUUGCGCUACUUGUGCAGUACGUCGGGCAUGGGGCUAGUGCUUGGAGGGCGUGAGCGGCCUCUCCAGUUGUGA